UUGCACAAUUCUCACAUCAUCACAACUCUAUCUUUUUUGAGGAGCUUUUUAUUUUAUUUUCUCUUUUUUUGGAGCAUCAUCACAACUCCAUCUUAUUUUUGCUCUUUUAUUCACAUAUACUUACUUAUAUGUAAAUAUGUUUUGGAACGUGCAUAGAUUGAUCAUGCAUGUAAUUUGCAUUUAUAUCAUGAUAUUUAUUUUGGCAUUAUGUUUUCUUUAGUUUUGUGAUAUAUAUUCUCUUGAGAUUUAGUUAUGGAGAAGAAGGUUAUCACCAAAUUCUACCAUGAGCAUCCUUUGAUUUUCACAGAUAAUGUGAGUGUUAAGGAUACUCCAAAUUGUUAUGGGUGUGGUGAUCCCGUGACUAAUUUAGAGUCGGCAUAUAUUUGCAUGCAUCAACAAAAUUGUAGCAAUAGGAUUAUUCUCCACACUAAAUGUGGAGAAUUACCAAAUCAAAUUUCACACCAUAAACACCCUCAUCAUUCUCUUGACCUAUUUGAUUACCAUAAUUUCGGUAAAGGGUAUUAUAAUUGUGAUAUUUGUCGUCGUGAUUUUGGUAUGGUUCUUGGAUACCAUUGUUCAAUUUGUGGGUUUGACAUCGACUUAAUGUGUGAAAAACUGGGCAUUGAUGCAUUGAUAGAGGAAAAAAAAGAGCUAAAACACCCAAGUCACCCUCAUCACCCUUUGACACUGAUGAGGAAGCCUGCAUUUACAUUUUAUUGCGAUGGUUGUGGCGCUCAAGAUGUGGAUAUGGCCUACAUUUGCAGCACUUGUGAGUUUUGGGUUCACAAGAGUUGCGCGUCGUUGCCCCUCACUCUCCCCGUAGAUCGCCACCACCGCCAUCACCACCAGCUUGCCUUGGCAUUCUCUUUUCCGGCGGAGCAUCGAUAUAAUGAAUUUCGAUACAAGUGUGAUGUCUGUGAUAAGGAUUUUGAUAUGACAUGUUGGUUGUAUUUCUGUGGUGAUUGUAGAUUCUUUGCCCAUCUCAAGUGUGCUACCACAAAACUAGACUCAGACUUAGACGAAGAAAAUAAAAGUGAUGGUUCCGAUGUGAUUGAGUUCCCUGUAUAUGCGCAUGACAUAUCCAAAGAGUUAAUCACACCUUUUGUGAUGAGAGAAAAAGGUGUUAGCAUGAUCCUAGACGUAAAAGACAUGCCGACAGUUGUGAAUAUGGCGGAGACCACUGCAAAGUUUUCAUUUUUGUUCAAUUAUCACAAGCAUCCUUUGAGUUUGGUUGCAGAAGAAGAGGAAGAUGAAGAUGAAGCAGAAAAUGAUGGUGAAGUGAAGAUAUGCGACGUGUGCGUAACACCCAUAACUUCUCCUCCAUAUUAUGAGUGCUCUGUUGCUGCUGCUUGCAAAUACUUUGUCCACUCCAUUUGCUACUUCUUACCCAACACUUUAUCAUCAUCAUCUUCUUCUUCUUCUUCUCUUGACUUAUAUGGUGACUGCCCAAAAACACAUGAUAAAAACCAUAGAUUCACUCUCUAUUCAAGCUCAGGAUUCACGGAUAUGGAUUCUAGUCUCUUCACGUGUGAGCUUUGUAACAUCCUCACAAAUGGACGGGUGUAUGAGUGUGAAGGGUGCAAGAUGAAGAUCGAUGUCAAGUGUGCGUCUCUACCGAAAACUAUCAGACAUGUAUCUCACCCUCAUCAUCACAAACCACUAAUCUUAACUAGAAUAUCAUCAGGUGGCAAAACCAAGAUCUGCGUCUGUGGAAGUAUACUUUCCAAUUGUACUGCCUAUUGCUGCAGCAGCAGCGAUGACUGUGAUUUUGCGCUGGAACUGAAAUGUGCUAUGCUGCCCAAGAGCAUAAGAAAGCAUGAGUGGGACACUACCCAUUCAUUGCGCCUCACAUUUGAUGCCUCUCUCGACCAUCCCUCCGAUUUCUUCUGUGAUUUUUGUGAAGAAGAAUUGCAUCCCAAGAAGUGGAUGUAUCACUGUCGCCAAUGCGAUCUUUCUUUCCACCUCUUUUGCCUCAAGACUACAUCAGCUGGUUGGUAUAGAAACAUCAAAUUUGGGCGCCGAUUUGUGUUGGAGGGUAUUCACCCUAACCACCCUCUCACAUUCAAUUGCGUCACUAUCAAGAAAAGAUGUAAUAUUUGUGAUAUGGAUGAGUAUGACUAUGGUGGGUUGGAAUGUGCAUCGUGUUACUAUCUCGUGUGCUUUACUUGUGCUAGGAGAGAGUUAGUUAAGAAACAUGAAAUUUGCAUUUGAUGUGUAAUUGGAGAGUAUCUACAUUAUCUCCUUGU